UGCAGACUUUGUUGUUAAGGCAAUAACACAACAGCAAAGUGUUUAAACAUUUAAUGAACUGUUUAUUCAAUUGCUAGAAAGUGGCAAAAGCAAAAAAUGGUCUACUGUUUCGAGCAGCUCAGCCUGUUUUGGCAGCUUGUAGUUGGUCAGAUUAAGAUGGAUUUUUUCGCAGGAUUUUCAGUUGGUUUAAUCUGCUCAAUUUGUUCCAGAUAGAUAUGGAGCAACUUUGAAUCAUCACCAUGUUAAAUCGAGUAGAUUUUCGCCUGAUACGACCUCUCAGAACCAGUAGAAAUAGUGAAAUUUUCACCAAUCCUGUUACUGAUCUGCCUUCCUACAGAAUUCAACCCUACUACAGGAUUAAACCCUGCUCCAGAUAGAGCCAUAACAUAAUAGCCAGGAUUAAAAUUUUAAUGAGGUCCACAUUGCGGAAAUAUGACCCACUUCAGAGUAUGUAUAUUGUAUGGCCAAAAGUAUGUGGACCCCUGACCACGACACCCAUAAAUGCUGUUUGAACAUCCCAUACCAAAACCAUGGGCAUUAACACAGAGCUGGUCCCCCCUUUUUGCUGGUAUAACAGUUUCCACUCUAUUGCAAAGGCUUUCCACUAUAUUCUGGAACAUGGCUGUGGGGAUUUGUGCUCAUUCAGCCACAAGAGCAUUAGUGAGGUCAGGCACCGAUGUUGGGUAAGGAAGCCUGGAGUGCAGUCAGCGUUCCAGUUCAUCCCAAAGGUGUUCGGUGAUGUCGAGGCUCAGGGUUAGAUUUCUUCCACAACAACCUUGGCAAACCAUGUCUUUAUGGAAAUUGUUUUGUGCACAGGGCCCUUUAGUUCCAGUGAAGGGAAAUCUUAAAGCUACAGCAUACAAAGACAUUCUAGACAUUUCUAUGCUUCCAACUUUGUGCCACCAGUUUAGAGGAAUGCCCACAUAUGGGUGUGAUGGUCAGGGGUCCACAUACUUUUGGGAAUCUAGUGUACCACAAUGCCGAAUGUGUACAUCAGUAAUAAUUUCUAAUAAUUUCUAAUCUGUUUAAUUUUACUUAGUUCAAUAUUUUGGUAUACGUCGCUGUUUUCAUAUUGAAUUUGACAAUGGAGGUAGUUUACUUGGGAGGUAAAGAAAAAAAAAAACAGUCUACUUGAUUAACUGGAAAAGCAGAGAUGGAGCUUAAUUCUUCAGGAAGGUAAAUCUUCCUGGUGGAGGAAGUUGAGGAUCACAGUGCAAAAAAAUGUUUAGAGGUAAAGAUCUCGCCAGAAUUCUUGAAAACAUACUGAGAGAAUCUGAGACAUACUGAGAAUCUGAAAUUAUGAUGAUUAUGAUGAUUAUACUAAUUAAGCCUCUUCUAUGUUUCUUUGCUAGAGAACUGAUAACCUGCCUGUUGUAUACCGUAUGUUCACAUAACAAAAUGCUGUCCACUUUUUCAACAGUAUUCUACACAAUUCCUUGUAUGAAGUAAAAACAAACAAACUACUUUUCUGGGUAGUGUUUUAAUUGUUUAAUCCUGUCAUGUACAUGUAUCCUUUAUCUUUCUUCAGGGGUGGAUUUCAAAAUGAAAACAAUAGAAGUCAAUGGAAUCAAAGUGAGAAUACAGAUAUGAUUAGCUUUGCUCGUGUAACUGUCUUCUACAGGGACACAGCUGGACAGGAGAGGUACCAAACUAUUACGAAGCAAUAUUACAGACGAGCACAGGGAAUUUUCCUUGUAUACGACAUUACUAGCUCCCUUUCCUUCCAACAUAUAAUGAAGUGGAUUAGUGACGUUGAUGAGUAUGCACCACACAUAGUGCAGAAGAUUCUCGUUGGGAACAAACAUGAUGAGGAGCAUCGAAGACAAGUGACCACAGAGCAGGGGAACAAGCUUGCUAAGUCUUAUGGUAUGGAUUUCUUGGAGACAAGCGCCUUUACCAACUAUAACAUCAACGAGGCAUUCAUUCGGAUGACCGAGCUGGUGCUGGAAGCCAACAAGGAGGAGUUGGAUAGUGCGCUGCCAUCCAACAACGAUGAUCUCGGCGCUACGGAAACAGAGCAGGAGCAUGAAUAUUCCACCUGCUCAUGUUAAUAAAGUGUUAAAGCAUAUUUUUCAGCUGCUACUGAUGUCAGUAAGGCAGUUACGAAAAUCAUUUCAGCAAUGUCCUUGUAUUUCUGAAACGCUUUGUAAUCUCCCUCAUUACUGCAUCUGUAUAAUGUGUGCUUUGUCUCAUUGCUUGAUCCUAGAUGCAAGAAUGAUCAGUAAACAUUUGGAAAAAGCACUUCCGUUUGUGUCUCACUAGGGGGCAGUCAUCUACGAAUCAUUUUUUUGUUCAUCACUGCAAACAACUGUUCAGCUAAAAUGCAUCAAAUUGCUGCUUUGACCUAAUUUUGAUAUUUAGAGCCAUUUAGAGUUGCAGCAGCUUGUGACAUAAACACGGGCAGAGCUGUAAGGUUGAUCAAGGACUUGUGAUACAUUUGACCACCAUUCCAUCGAAUUGACAGGAGAAAAUCCUCCAUCCCACCCAUACGAACCACAGAAUUGGAUAAUGGGGGUGUGCUGACCUCACUGUAGUGCUUACUUCUUAAGCAGAGAGAGAGAUUUCCUUUUGGCAUUAAAAUGACACAUAAAUUUAGAAUUUGAUUCCAUUAUUAGUGUAAAAACUAAAAAUAUAUUAUAUUUGCUGUCAAAUCUGUAUGUCUACUAAAGGAUUGUAUUGUAUAAAUAAGUUGUAAAGCUUUGUAUAUGAUCUAGAGCUAUGCAUGAAAUACUAGUACUCUCUAAAAUAAAUGCGUAUUAUGAUCAUAAUCACUGACCACUCCUAUGAAUACUAGUGAAAACACCUUUUUAUGAACAUUACCUCAGGCCACACUGACCCACUGACCAGUUCGUUGUCAGACACACACUAGACGAGGCUGGACUUUAUAUAUGUUUCAGGAAGCUUAGCUCUUUGGCAGAUUAGGAGUGCCGCUGAAUUACAGAUUCCACGUAACGGAAUCAGAAUUUGGGCCGAGCUCUACUGAAGCGGAUUAGAUUGAACAGUUAUCCAUUUUUAAUGACGUGAGAAUGUAGGCAAUGACUUGCUGAAUGUUUAAUGGCUCAGAAGUAGAUUCAGUCUCUAAAGCCACUGAGAGUUUAAUGCAAUCUGCUGCACAGAAAACUGUAUAACUUCCUUUCUCACCAUGGGAAACAGAUAACAGCAUUUAGGUAAUCACUGUACAUGUAACUAGAACAACUGCUACCAUCUGUUUAGAGUGUGCCAUUAAUUGCUUGUUGAGUUGUAGUUAAUUCCCUGUAUAUUUUAUACCAUCUUUCCCUCUUGUUUGUGGAAAAUAUCUUCC